AUCACCGCGCGGACGUCUUGAUGAACAAGGACGGCAGAGAUGGGGAUCGUCCCCACUCGGCGACAGCGAUGAUGAACCGGAACUGGAACUACAAUUAGGGCUAGGCUAAAGGUGUUCAUGUUGCCGCUUGUUUUGCUGCUCCUGUAAGGGAGAAGAGCAUAACAAACCAGGGCUAUAAGCGAACAUGAAAAACCUACCUCUAAUAUAUGAACAACAAGAACAGACUUACGCGCAAGCUGUGCUAGUACGUGGACGCGGAGGAGGCAUACCUGCACCAGAAGUUGAUCAACAUGGUUCUCAUCUACCUGGUGGUGGAAAAAGUCACAAGGAUGGUCUAGUUGAUGGCUCUCUACCGAAUAAAGCUGGGGGAAAAAGUCACAAGGAUGGUCUAGAAGUUGAUGGCCCUCUACCUAGUAGACAAGUACAACAAGGUGGGGGAAAAACUUUUUCCAAAGGUGCAUCUCAAGAUCUUCAGUAUACAACCUCCUCUGGUGCUGGCAAAUCUGAAAGAAUGGAACACGACUCGACGCCCAAAGGACGCCCCUCUGAAGUAGUACACAACUACAACUACAAGGGAAAAUCUUCUGGUAGUACUCGUACUGUAAAAAUAGGUACUAAAAAUUCCAAUGUAGUUGGUUCCUACACCACGAACGGCAAGGGAGGCGGACAGGGGAAGGUCGGUGGAGGCGGUUCUUCGUCGAGUGCGGAAACUGCAAAAGGAAAG